AUGAUCAAUGCAAUUAGGAGGGUGAGUAUAUUUUAACUUCCAGAGGAUUAUAAGUCAAAGAGCAAUUACGAAAAUGAAGAGGAUGAAAAAAAACAAAAUGAUAAAAAGAAAUACAUACUUAUUAAUACCUCUCCAGAUAAACCCUUUAAUAAAAAGGCUACUCUAAAAAAGUAGAAUGUUCAAUCAAAAUUAUUUGAUGAUUAAGGAAAACUCAAAUAUGAAAAUUUAAAAUUUGAUAGAGAUGAACUAUUUAGAAAAGUACCAGUAUUUGAAGUGCCAACUAUGAAUUUUAGCCGUCUAGAUCAAGAUGAAGACGAUGAAGAACCUAAUGAUAGCAAAGUCAGACUCAUCACUAAAGGAGACCGAGUAAGUGUUAUUCACAAAGGCUGCUCAUGGGUACAUCUAAAGGAUCUCAUUCUAAAUGCAAACAAUAGUAACAGUCAGGCUUUAGAAUAUCUCAAAGAAUAUCGUGAGGACUAGAACUAUUAGAAUCUCAAGAAACCUAACCUUCCAUUUUACUUCAUUUAGAGGAAAAAUAUGCUGAAGUUGAAGAAGUAUAUCAUGAAGCACAGAGAUGUAUUCCAAAAUAUUACACAGAAAAGCGUUUUAGGUUAUGAUCUGUAGUAGAUAAUUAAGGAUUUCAAUUUAUCAGAGGAGCUGGGAGAUUUUAGGCGAAGCACUAGCUUAAGGAAUUCAAAAGUAAGCCCUCGACGCAAGUUAACUCUCUUUCAUAUCAAGGAUUUGAAGCAUCAUCAUUAAAGAAAUAAUUCUUCAAGUUUCUCCUAAUCUGAAAAUCCUGAUGAAAUUCCAUUGAAUCUUAAAAGCUUUUUGAUAAAGCCAAGUAGCAUAAAUAAUUAAACUUACAGGGACAAACUUAUUAAAGCUAUCGAAAAUAUGGAAAAGUAAACUGAGAUAAGGGAAUCUCAUUUCAAAACAAGUUGCAAGAUUCAAAGUCCAACUCCAUUAAGAGAUAACAGUCAACUUUCAUCUACUAUGAAUAGUAAAAGAUUAAAGAGGAAUUUGAAAUUUAUUCAUGAUUCCCCUCUUUCAUAAUUGAUACAGUUUAGAGAACAAUCUCAGACAAUGAAUAAAAAGAAGGAAAAGUUGGAACAAGACCUCUUAUCAAAUAGUGAAAAUAUGCAAGUCUUAUCAACAAGAAGUGAUGUAAAGACUUAAUUUAAAAGUUAAAUGAGGCCUCCAUUGCUAGAUAACAUGUUAAGGAUCUAGAAUAAUAAUCUAAUGGAUAUGAUUAAGAGUAAAAAUAAUAAACAUAGAAUGCAACCCAACUUGUUUUUACCUCUGGAAAUUAAAAAGUAAGCUUUCAUUAGAAAGCCCUAGUACAUUAUCAAUACAUAUCAUACAUCAAACACAUCUAUGGACUUCAGAUCUCAGGACUUAUCAAAACGCGAUGUUUAGAUAUUCAGUGAUAAGAGUUUUUCUAAUUGGAAUGAAAAUAGUAGUAAGAAUUAAUUAAAGACAAGAAACAUGAUAUUGUCUGAGAAAUCAUAAAAAUUUAGUAAUCAACUUAAGCCUUUAGAUGUAAGUAGGAGUCGUAGUGUCAUUAACAAUACAUUCUUAAACAGAAUAAACACUGAUAGUAACAAGAACCUUUGA